AUGUACAGCAUCAUGAUGGAAACGGACUUACAUUCCCCCGUGGUGCCCCAGACCAACCCAUCCAACCCGGGGGGACACGCCGGAGGAGGAGGCGGGGGGGCCGGGGGCAAAGUCCCCCAGGAGAGAAUCAAGAGACCCAUGAACGCCUUCAUGGUCUGGUCCCGGGGCCAGCGGAGGAAAAUGGCACAGGAGAAUCCCAAGAUGCACAACUCGGAGAUCAGCAAGCGGCUGGGCGCCGAGUGGAAGGUGAUGACCGAGGCGGAGAAGAGGCCGUUCAUCGACGAGGCGAAGCGGCUCCGGGCCAUGCACAUGAAGGAACACCCGGACUACAAGUACCGGCCGCGGAGGAAGACCAAGACGCUGCUGAAGAAGGACAAGUACUCGCUGGCCGGCGGGCUCCUCGGCGCCUCCGCAGGCGUAGGGAUGGGUGGCGGGCAGCGGCUGGAGAGCCCCGGAGGGGGCCACGCAGGGGCGACCGCGGGCUACGCCUCGCACGUGAACGGCUGGGCAAACGGCACAUACUCGGGCCAGGUGGCGGCCGCGGCGGCGGCGGCUCACGCCAUGAUGCAGGAGGCGCAGCUGGCGUACACGCAACACCCGGGUACCGGGGCUCACCCGCACCACCCGCACCCGCACCAUCACCCGCACCACCACCCGCACAACCCGCAGCCCGUGCACAGGUACGACAUGAGCGCCCUCUCUUACAGCCCCAUCUCAAACUCUCAGAGCUACAUGAGCGCCUCUCCGCCGGGCUACGGCGGCAUCACCGGCUACACUCACCAGCACCAGAGCUCCGGCGUCUCCCCGGUGUCCGGAGCGAUCGGAGGCACCUUGGGGUCCCUUGUGAAAUCGGAGCCUAGCGUGAGCCCCCCGGUCUCCGCGGCGCGCGCACCGCCGCCGUGCCCUACGGGGGACCUGCGGGACAUGAUCAGCAUGUAUCUGCCGACCGGCGAGGCGGCGGGGGACUCCUCCGUUCAGAGCAGACUGCACGUGCUCCACCCGCAGCACUACCAGAGCAGCGGCUCCACUCCGGUAAACGGGACGGUUCCUCUGACUCAUAUUUAA